AUGAGUUCACCAGCGCAAUCUGGGCCUUCGGUCCCUAAGGAGAAGAAGGGAGGGCUGGGAAAGAUCCUAUCUAGGGCAAAGACUGUUUUCAAAGGCAGUAGCAGCAGCAGCAACGCCUCCAAGCGCGCUUCGACUUUGAACCCCACCGGACAGCAGACUUCCGGACAGGCUACAACCUCUGGUCAGACUCAGGCCGCCGCUGCCGAGCAGGCCCCUGCCCCCAAGGAAACCCCCAAGGAGCCUACCAAGAGCAAGUAUGAGGAUCUCGAGGGCGUUGUCAAAGUGCCCCGCUCCGAGCUUUUCGAAGAGCGCGCCAGAAAGUUGGGCGAGAGAUUCGGCCUUGAACUCAAGCAGAGCGACUGGAUCUCUACUGAGGGUACCGCUCUUCGUGUCGAGAAGCCCAUCCGAAUGCGUGUUCACCGAACCUGCCACAAGUGCAACGCUACCUUCGCCGCCGCAAAGGAGUGCCCCAGCUGCCAGCACGUCCGUUGCACCAAGUGCGUCCGUCAUCCGCCCAAGCGAACCGAGGCGGAGCGCAUUGCCAGUCGCGAGAAGAGGGCUGCCAUUCUCAAGGCACAGAAGGAGAAUGCUCCUAUUGUUCCUGACUACUCCUUUGACCCCAAGGAUGCAAAGGAUAUUGUCUUGAAGCGACCUAGCAAGACCGGAGGACAGGAUCUCAUUUACAAGAAGCCCAGACAGAGAGUCCGCAGAACCUGCCACGAGUGCCAGACCCUCUUUGUUGCUGGCAGCAAGUCGUGCCCCAAGUGCAACCACAACCGUUGCACAGACUGUCCCAGAGACCCGCCUAAGAAGGACAAGUAUCCGUUUGGAUACCCUGGCGAUGAAUUUGGACCCAAUGCUGUGCCGCAUCACGAGUGCUACAAGUGCAAGACGAUAUAUCCUGGUGGCGCAGCGGAUGGUACCGAGUGCAAGAAGUGUGGACAUAAGAAGGAUGCCAAUUGCCCUCGCCUGAAGCCACGCAAGGUCGAGCCAGAACCAGACCCGGAAAUUCUUAAGAGCAUACAGGCCAAAAUCGAGAGCCUGAAGCUCAAGUAG